AUGGUGGCUUUGAUGAGCGGUAUCUCGGCACCGUAUGGCAGGUACUCUACCGGCGGGUGGGGGUUUCUCAUCAACGCCAAGGUUGCGUGGGUGACCCAGGAGCUGGGGAGCUUUGCCGUCCCUACUGUGUGGCUCGCGUUAUUUGCCACCCCGGAUCAGCUGGCGCGGGCGCGCGCCCCGGCCAACGCGCUGCUGCUGGGCCUGUUCCUGCUGCACUACCUCAACCGCUGCUUCGUCUACCCGCUGCGCCUGCGGGGAGGCAAGCCUACGCCGUUUGUGGUGUGGCUGUUGGCAGCCGUGUUCACCGCCUACAACGGCUUCAUGCAGGCAAAGUAUUUCUUGACUGAGGCCCCAGCAGGCGCACCCAUCACGCCGCUGGUGGUGGCGGGCGCGCUCGUGUGGGCUGUGGGGUGGCUGGUCAACCUGCACUCUGACGAGGUGCUGCUCAACCUCAGGAGGCCCGGAGAGACGGGUUACAAGAUACCCAGGGGCGGCGCCUUUGAGCUGGUGUCUGCUGCUAACUACUUUGGGGAGAUACUGGAGUGGGCCGGCUGGGCGCUGGCCGCCCGGAGCGCGCCCGCAGCGGCGUUUUCUUUCUUCGUGCUGGCCAACCUUGGGCCCCGAGCGUGGCACCACCACCUAUGGUGA